AUGGUAGCUGCUCUCACGGCCCUCCGCUUCGGCGGUAGACAACUUGCUGCCCGCCAGACCCAGGCCGCCGUGCUGCUACGAGCAACUCCUCGCCAGCUGUCGCCGCUGACUGCCUGUCGCCAAUGCCUCCGUUCCGCAGCCUCUCACCCCUACCGCGGUACGGCCGCGUACCGCAACGUCCACUCCAGCGCUGCCGCCGGGGGUGUGACUGAUAUCCAACAGCCGCUGGACAGCUUCCCCCGCCGACACAUUGGACCCUCGCAGUCGUCCGCUGAGGAGAUGCUGAGUGUGUUGGACCCUCCUGCAAAGACCCUCGACGAGUUCGUGCAUCAGGUGCUGCCGGCAGACAUCCUCUCGGCUAAAGAGCUCGGGCUAGCGGAUCCCAAGCAGACCACCACCAAGUUGCCGCGGGACGGCCAGCAUGGCGGCCUGGGCGAGUCGGACAUGAUCAAGCUGUUUGAGGCGUACAAGAAGGACAUCAAUACUACCGGCCGGUCACACAUUGGCUGCGGAUACUAUGGUACCAUCGUGCCCCCGGUCAUCCAGCGAAACGUCCUCGAGAACCCCAUCUGGUACACCAGCUACACUCCUUACCAGCCCGAGAUCAGUCAAGGCCGUCUCGAGUCUCUCCUCAACUUCCAGACCCUUACCUCUGACCUGACCGGUCUGCCCGUUGCCAAUGCCUCCGUUCUCGACGAAGCUACCGCUGCCGCAGAGGCCAUGACCAUGUCUUGGGCCGCCCUCCCAGCUAAUAAACAGAAGCAGGCCGGCAAGGCCUUUGUUGCCUCCCACCUAUGCCACCCCCAGACCCUUGCUGUAAUGAGGUCUCGUGCUCAGGGAUUCGGUAUCAACCUGAUUGUCGGUGAUAUCAUGGCUGACGACUUCAAGCUCGUCAAGGACCAGGGUGACAAGCUUAUCGGUGUUCUCGCUCAAUACCCCGAUACCGAGGGUGGUAUCUACGACUUCCAGGCUCUUGGAAACCAGAUUCACGAGCAGGGUGCUAUGUUCAGUGUUGCAACCGACUUGCUUGCUUUGACUGUCCUUAAGGCUCCCGGAGAGUUUGGUGCUGAUAUUGCCUUCGGUAACUCCCAGCGCUUCGGUGUCCCCAUGGGCUUCGGCGGUCCCCAGGCUGCCUUCUUUGCUUGCACCGAGAAACACAAGCGAAAGAUCCCUGGCCGUAUAGUCGGUGUCUCCAAGGACAGACUUGGAAACCGUGCCUUGCGUCUUGCCCUGCAGACCCGUGAACAGCAUAUUCGUCGCGAGAAAGCUACCAGCAACAUCUGCACUGCUCAGGCACUUCUCGCAAACAUGUCGGCCUUCUACGCAGUGUACCACGGCCCCAAGGGCCUCAAGGCCAUCGCCGAGCGUACCAUGUCUCUCACUGCUCUGCUGAAGGCCAAGCUGAUUGCUCUUGGCUUCAACGUCCCCACCAGGGGUAACGCUGGAGGUGAAGGUGUCGCUUUUGAUACCCUUGUCAUUGAAACUAGCUCUCAGGCUGAAGCCGACUCCCUCAUGGAGGCUGCCCUCGCCUCUUCUCUCUACCUCAGACGUGUCGGUUCGUCCAAGGUUGGCGUCUCCCUUGACGAGACCAUGGGAUUGAAUGAUGUCGAGAAGCUGCUUUCGGUAUUUGUCAAGUUCUCCCCAUACAAGGGCGCUGAAGCCAUCGACCUAUCCAAGGAUGUUCAGCCAGUUGAGAUCCCAGAGUCUGUCAAGCGAACCUCUUCUUAUCUCACCCACCCAGUCUUCAACAGCCACCACUCCGAAACCGAGAUGCUUAGAUACAUCCAGCACCUCGGAUCCAAGGAUCUCUCCCUCGCUCACUCCAUGAUCUCUCUUGGCUCUUGCACGAUGAAACUCAACGCUACCACCGAGAUGUUGCCUAUCACCUGGCCAGAGUUCUCAUCCGUCCAUCCUUUCACUCCAACCCCCGCCGUCAAGGGCUACAUCGACAUGAUCGAGGAUCUCGAGAAGCAAUUAGCCAACAUCACCGGUAUGGCUGAAGUUACCAUCCAGCCCAACUCUGGCGCCCAGGGUGAAUUCGCUGGACUGAAGGCCAUCAAGAAAUACCACGACAGCAACGGCGAGCCUGGAAAGCGUAACAUCUGCUUGAUCCCUGUUUCUGCCCACGGAACUAACCCGGCCAGUGCUGCCAUGGCCGGUAUGCGUGUCGUCCCUGUCAAGUGUGACACUGCAACCGGUAACCUCGACGUUGCUGACCUCCGUGCCAAGUGCGAGAAGCACAAGGAAGAGCUCGGUGCCAUCAUGAUCACGUACCCAAGCACAUACGGUGUGUUCGAGCCAAGUAUCAAGGAGGUCUGCCAGGUUGUCCACCAGUAUGGUGGCCAAGUGUACAUGGACGGCGCCAACAUGAACGCCCAGAUUGGCCUUUGCUCGCCUGGCGAAAUCGGCGCCGAUGUCUGCCAUCUCAACCUCCACAAGACCUUCUGUAUCCCCCACGGUGGCGGUGGUCCUGGUGUUGGCCCCAUCGGUGUUGCAGAGCAUCUCCGCCCCUUCCUCCCUUCACACCCUCUCAACGACCACUUGCUCGCCAAACGCCCUGCAUCCGUGGAUUCUCCGCCCAUCAGCGCCGCACCUUUCGGUAGUGCAAGCAUCCUCCCCAUCACCUUCGCAUACAUCAACAUGAUGGGAGCCAGGGGUCUCACCCACGCAACUAAGAUCACUCUGCUUAAUGCCAACUACAUUCUCUCCAGACUGAAGCCUCAUUUCCCUAUCCUGUAUACGAACGCCAACGGCCGAUGCGCUCACGAGUUCAUCCUCGACGUACGCCAGUUCAAGGCCUCCGCGGGAAUUGAAGCCAUUGACAUUGCCAAGCGAUUGCAAGACUAUGGCUUCCACUCGCCAACCAUGUCGUUCCCUGUCGCUAACACUCUCAUGAUUGAACCCACUGAAUCUGAGAGCAAGGCUGAGCUGGACCGGUUCUGCGAUGCCCUUAUCUCCAUCCGUGGAGAGAUCGCUGCCAUCGAGCGAGGUGAACAGCCAAAGGAGAAGAACGUUCUCAAACUCGCUCCCCACACCCAGCGAGAUCUGCUCACUGCCGAGUGGGACCGCCCAUACACUAGAGAGACCGCUGCAUAUCCUCUCCCUUGGCUGCUAGAGAAGAAAUUCUGGCCUACUGUCGCUAGGGUAGACGAUGGUAAGUUUACACCUUUAUGGUAA